CGUAAUAUCGCUGUUGCUCGCUUUUUACACCAGCGGACACGGUGUGAGCAGGUUGAGUCGAGCGUCUCUGAACAAACUCGAAUAACGAAGAUUUUCAGCGUCACAUUAAGACUAACAGGGGCUUCUACAGCUUCAGCGGGGACUCAGGAUUCCUCAUGUGUCGAAUAUGGAUGUACCUGUUCAGUGCUGUAGGUGUGCUGGUCACACCAGGUGCUUAUCGUGCGGCGGCAAUGGAGGUGACCACGCCCAAAGAGGUGACGGCGGUCAACGGGACAAGCGCGCUGCUAAAGUGCACCUUUAAGUCCACCCAUCCCGUCUCCGAGAGCUCAGUGGCCGUCACCUGGAGGUUCAGACCCCUCGGCCAGACCGCCGAGGAAUCGGUGUUCUACUUUCAGGGAAACUCCUACCCUCCUUCUAAUGGCCGGUUCAAAGGUCAUGUGACAUGGUCUGGGAACGUUAUGAAGAACGACGCUUCCAUCACGUUACAGGACGUCCAGUUCAGUUUUAAUGGAACUUACAGCUGCUUUGUGACCAACCCGCCUGACGUCCACAGCUUCACCAGCGAAAUCAGCCUCCAGGUCGUCCAAUCAGUCAAGCUUUCCGAGAUGGGGAUCCUGGCAGCAGCUGUGGGCGGAGCCAUCCUGCUCGUCCUCCUCAUCCUCUCCAUCUUCCUCGCCGUGCGAUACUGCCAAAGAAAGCGUGAGGACACGGGCGUGGAGCUGGAGAAGACAGAGUUUAAGCAGGAAGGCUGUUAUUGAGAGAGAGGCAGAGCUUCGCUUCUUUCCUUCUUAUCUGUGUCAGGACGUCCAGAAGGGGGCGUGUUUUUCCACCAAAGCCGUGUGAAUCAUCUUCCUGAAUUCCUUCAAAGACCGAUGCUUCUUAUGUUGCGGCUCAACAGAAAAAUGAAGAGGACGAAACUGUUAAUUGGAGAUUUGAACUGAAAUUAGGGCCAAAUCGUUUUUCUCUUUAAAUAAAGUUUUAAUAUUUUUAGAUAUCUUUGUAAAGCCUGAAGAUAUAUAAAAUCAUUUGAGAUUCUUUAGAAAGAAUAUUUUUUUAAACUACUGUCUUGUUUUAAAUGUUAGCUGCUCUGUGUUUUGAUGGAUUCCGUACUUGCUGUUGUAUGCUUGUUUCCUCACGUUGGUGAUGUUUCACUUCAGAUAAUGUUUCGUUGAUUGGGAUUCUACCAAGUGCCUUAUUACAGUACACAUCUGCUUUUUAAUGGAUCUACACGUACACAAAGCCUUAUUAUGGCCAUUUAGAAACCGCAGUGCUGCAUGGUUAGCAGCACGUAUGUUUACUAGCAUGGGGUUUAUGGUGUAAUACCACUUGUUAAAGGUUUAAAUGCACGAUAACCAACCAGGAAUGAUUUUCCUGUUUCAGAUUAAGCCCAGUCCUAGAGAAGAAGUGAUUUUAACUGAGCAUUCAGUUGUUUCUGGAACAAUAAGUGCUCUGGCUUAGAGAGAUUAAUAAAUUAGUUUUGUAGUACAGAUUAAUCAGGAUUAAUUUGGAUAUUCACAGGGGAUGCGUCAAUAUCAUUUUUUUCAGACCAAGUAUGAGUACAUGUUUUUAGUCCUUGGCGCAGUGUACUUUAGCAGUUAAAACGGUAAAAUCUAAGUUUACACGAGGUGCAUUAGCUAGCUAUGCUACAUUAGUUGCCUUGGAUCGUGUAGCGCUGCAGUGGAAAAGAGCCAGUUUUGUUCCACACCAGAAAAGCACUUCUGUACAGCUGCAAGUAAAGUAUGUUUCAUAGUUUUGAUCUUCAUCUGCCUCUUUUAACAACAGUCUCUGUAGCACAGUGACAGCAGCAGUCACAUCCGAGGCUAACGCAUUGUGGAGUUUUACGUCUUGUUGGAGCGCAUUGAUUGGCUGGUUGAGCUGUAGCUGAAUGUCCUCUAAAACCAGGUAUACAGUGAGAUUUUUUACUCACUCUGUAUGUAUAAUAGACCAUUGUGUACGGACGACUCACAAGUCUGGUCAGUUAAGCAGGUUAAAGUUGGCAUAUACAGACUUUGGUGAAGUCAGCAUGUGUGGGCCAAAAUCAGACAGUGUAUGCCUGGUGGAAAUCUGCCAAGUCUGACUGUUUAAAGGGACCAAUGAUGGUGUUUCCCACGUUAAUAUUCCUUAACCACAGUUUUAUUGCGAAGCCUGCUAGCUAGCAACAGAUAAGAGCAAUGAAAGCUUAGAAUCCUAGCUAAUUAUCCAGGACUACCCCACAUAGCUGGGAAAACUGAUUAGCUAAGAUAAUAGCAUUUGUUCAUAGCAACCUAGCAGAAGCCAGCUAAGCUAGCAAGUUAGCUGAAGCACUUGCCUGAGGCAACAGAGCGAGUAAGACAUGUAGAUGUCUCAGUAGGCAUCGCUAGGUAAGAGACUUUGUAACGUGUUAAGAAAAUAAAUGACAGUUAACGUGACUUUCAUACUGCGGCCUUCAGUGUUCUGAGUACUACAGAGCCGAUACUGCCAACUGCCAAAUAGAGCAGUGCUAACUGUCCCAACUACUUUGCCUAACGAAUUUGAACAUUUCUGGGUAUUUGUUUACCUGUAGACGUGUUUAAUUUGCUGAAAUCACUUGGAAAUCCAUUCAGAAUCCCUCUGUCUACUCAUCGUUCCAGUCUAAAAUCACAGCAUAAGCCUGUUUGGAACUUUAGCCUGUGAGUCUCGCUAAUCGGUGCAAAAUUACUCGGUGGGGGUCGAGUUUAGUGCAUAGGGCCUGGUGAUUUAUUGAUUUUGCUGAAGAUGUCUGGUUAAAGGUUAUGGGAAAUUCAGAACUGCCCAAUUUUCCAUCUGUGUUCACACGUUUAUGAGAAAACUGAGAGCUCAAAUUAGUCACUUUCUGUUGAUGUGUAUUUUAUGUUUAUCCGCUUCACUCUUGUGUUUGUGCAUGUUGUGCAUGGUUGUGUGUACAUAUGUCUGCUUACUUGUUGUGUAUCCAUCAGGGAGUCAGUGGAGGUUGUGCAUCGAUAUGGGAAUUGUGGGCUGAUUCCGAUAUCCAGUAUUUUUCACUUACGCCUCUCCUGUUGCCGGUAUAUGAACAGUUAGCAUUACAAAUACUGUAAAAUGAAAACGAAAUUAGCACAGUAGCCUGGCGCUGCUGUUUCAGAAUACAAUAAAUGCAUCAUAAGUUGGUUGGAAAUAUCAGUUAACAUCUGUAACAUCUGUCUUGUGCUAAUAUUAUUUGACAGUUGACAUAGUCCAAGUCUAGAUGUAAACCAUAUUCACAAAAGGGCCCUGAAGGUCUGAAUGUGAUCCACAUUUCAGUUCCUCACUCUCAUAAUUACAGAACGUACAUAUAAUUUUAAUACUAGUAGCUACUGAAAAAUAAGCCCAGGUUUCAGGUGGUUAAGGAAUCACAUGCUAUUUACAAUAAGCUAAGCAAGUUGACCAACACUUCUACUGUCCACCACACUGACAGGUCUAGAUCCUCUGAACAAGAAGCUGACGAUCGUUUAUAUAGCAGUCACACCAACCGUUAUCUGGUAAUAAUUCCUUGACAGAGCUGCUCCUUUUUGUUUGCAUAGAGUUUCAAAGUGCAAGCAGGAAGCUGUUAGCGGAGAUGUUAACCAUAAACCUGUCUAAUUGGAACAUGUUAGCCCUGGUGCAGACUAUAGAAUGGCCCAAUAAGAAAACGUUAGCAGAAAUGCUAACAACUCAAAGCUUUUCAAAGACUCAAGGCCUUGUCUGACACAGCCCUUGUGUAACUUGAUUUCCUUCAUUUAUUUAAUUUCCAGGCAAAACAGCCACUGACUAAAUUAUUCAUUUCUCAUUUAUUUACAAAUUACAUAGAGGCCUUGGUUUCUUCAGCAUUUAGUGGAUCCAUGUUUAGCACUUAUUAUAGCUUCCAUUCUUUUCAGGAGACUCGCUUUCAGUUUUUCAAAGAAAUCCACAGACACGCCUCCAAAGCUCAGUCUUAGAAGUUGGUUUUGCAUUUAUUGCUUCUCUUGAUAGGUCUGUUCCUUUUCUCAGUGAGGUUCUUCUUGAACAGCUACACAUCCUUUCAGACCCACAGCGCUGAGUCGUCUUCUCACAGUGGAAGGAUGGACAGAAACACCUGUGGAUGUUUUCAGAUCUGAAGCAGCUUGAUUUUCUCCUCUCUCUCAAAGAUGAAAGCUUUAGUUGCUGUUUAUCUGAUGGGGACAGUUUUAGUGUCUACCAGGUCUUGCAUGAUUACCUUAAUUUCUCAGAAAUAUCUUGUGAAAAAUGAAUAAGUUGUGCUUAAUGGCUGUUUUGGCUGUAAAUGAAACCAAUGAAGGUUGUGCUCUGACUUUGCACAGCAAUGUAAGUACAUCUGUAUGCAAAAAUUGAAAACCCCAGUCAAAUAACAUGUAAAAAUAGGUAAAGACAUCCUCUACAGAGAACACACUAAAAUAGGGCAGUUUUUAUAGCACAAUUUCUAUUUAUCUGCUAAAUUUAAGAAAUUAACAAAAAGAAAUUAAGCAUAAAAUAUAAACCGUGCUGUAACUUUUGCAGAGGCUGCUUUUUAGGUUUUACUGUUUUUUUCCAAAUGAUAGAUUCAAGAAAUAAACAGUAAUCAUGCAUUAAAAUCAACAAAACAGGGGGUGCCCAAACUUUUGCAUACAAUUGUAUAUAUCUACACACUCAAUCCCACCACACGAAUUUAACUGCCCAUGUACUUCCACAGCAGGCCUGAGAGAGCCUGUGUCUGUUAAAUACUUCCUUCAUGUUGUUUUUAUAUGACAGACUGCCUGUUUAUCAUUAUGCAGUGUAUAUAAAGAAAUAUGAACUUUUUAAAUUUUAUUUUUCUGAAAUUUUCUGAGUGCAUUUUCUACAAAAAUGGUUACAGAAUGUAUAAAUUGCUGUUAAUAAAAUGAAUGAAUAAUUGA